ACCUCCCGCCCCGGGACUCGGCUCCAGUCCCCGGCAGAGCCCACAAGACGCUGCGGAAGCGGGUGAAGGCGGGAGGGCGUUAGAGAAGCGGCGGCGGACCCGGAUGUCGUUGCUAUGGUUGCUGCAUGGAGGCAGCGACACCAUAGAAAUGGACAUUGUUGGCUAGAGAGACUCUUCCACGUCAUGGCCAUAGAGAGGCCGCCGCUGCCCCAUUUCCGGCCAAGCGCUUCCGGCUGCCACUGGUGCCGGAGAAGGAAGAAAUAAAGGUGCAGGCGUUGGCACCAGAGCCGUUUCUGCCCGCAGGAGCCGCCCCUUUCCCCGCCGGGCCUGACAGCAGCUGUCCCUCGUCCGGCCACCGCGGAGCAGGACGUGAGCGGGGCGGGCGCGGCGCCGCUGGCAGGUAUGUCAGGACACAGCAAUGAUCCCACAGCAGUUGAUGAAUCUCAUCCAGCCGCAGAAGAGGUCCGGUCUGACUCUGAGGAGUUUGCAAUGGCUCAAGAGUCUCCCAAAAAUUCAGCAGCAGAAAUUCCUGUGACCAGUAAUGGAGAGCUUGAAGAUUCACGUGAACGCAGUUUUAACAGGGAUUUGAAACGUUCGUUACCAGUUGGACUUGGUCUCUCGGAAACCCAAAUAACAUCUCAUGGAUUUGACAGCACCAAAGAGGGAGUCAUUGAAGCAGGGCCAUUUCAAGGUUCCUCAGCAUCACCCAUAUCAUCUGUUAUAUCUCCUAGCAAUGCAGCAGCUAGCAGACUGGCUGGACAAGGGAGUGAUUUAAUUAUUCCCACAGGUGAUGUAAGAAUGCAGCAGAAAAGUGGGCCAGUUGUUCUAGCAGAUGAAGUAAAGAAUCCAGCAAUGGAAAAAUUAGAGCUUGUGAGAAAAUGGAGCCUAAACACUUACAAGUGUACUCGUCAGAUCAUCUCUGAAAAGUUGGGCCGUGGCUCAAGAACAGUAGACCUGGAACUGGAAGCCCAAAUAGACAUACUAAGAGAUAACAAAAAAAAGUAUGAAAAUAUCUUAAGAUUGGCACAGACUUUGUCCACACAAUUGUACCAGAUGGUGAAUACCCAAAGGCAACUUGGAGAUGCAUUUGCAGACCUGAGUUUGAAAUCAUUGGAACUCCAUGAGGAAUUUGGAUACAAUGCAGAUACUCAGAAACUUCUAGCUAAAAAUGGAGAGACCCUUCUUGGUGCUAUUAACUUUUUUAUUGCCAGUGUGAACACACUGGUGAAUAAAACAAUUGAAGAUACUUUAAUGACUGUGAAACAGUAUGAAAGUGCCAGAAUUGAAUAUGAUGCCUAUCGCACAGAUCUAGAAGAACUUAAUCUUGGUCCCCGUGAUGCAAACACGCUGCCAAAGAUUGAACAGUCACAGCAGCUAUUCCAAGUGCAUAAAGAGAAAUAUGACAAAAUGCGCAAUGAUGUAUCUAUCAAAUUGAAAUUUUUGGAGGAAAACAAGGUUAAAGUAUUGCACAAUCAACUUGUUCUGUUCCACAAUGCCAUUGCUGCAUACUUCUCUGGGAAUCAGAAGCAGCUUGAACAGACACUUAAACAGUUCCACAUCAAAUUGAAAACUCCUGGAGUAGAUGCUCCAUCCUGGCUUGAAGAACAGUGAUCAAACUAGAAAAGAGGAGCAUUGUUUAACCUAGAAUCUGUACAUCUGAUAAAAAAUAAGGGGUUGGGAUAGCAGGACUGUUGCAGUGAUUCUUGCACAAACAGCUUUAAUUUUUCCCUUUUAUAAUACUGUAAUUGAAUAUGGUUGGAGGGUGGUGUCUUUCUGGUGCCCAAGCAUAAUUUGUCAUUUCAGAUUUUGAGUACUCCUUUUGUAUGUGAGGGUUGAUGGCUAUUUCUGUAGUUAAACAAAAAUAUAGAUUUGCACUGAUAAGAUGUUUGUGGUUUCUGGUCAUUGUGGUGGCUAGUCAAAAUAUUUCCAAAGGGAGGUUUACAUGAUUUGUACCAACAUCUGAUAUUUUAUAUAUGAAUAUAUUAAACAUCUUUAAUGAAUCAUUUUCAUGUAAUUGUGUUUUAAAAAGGAGAGUAAAAAUAUUUUUCAGAGUAAUAAUAUUAUAAGGCCUUCAUGCAGUACCUGCACAGAGGCAACAGCUGUAAUAGAUGGCUGAUUGACUCAUGGAAUUGCAGCAAAUACCUUUUUAAAAGGUAGGUCUUUAUCUGUCGAUUGUAUAUUUAAAAACAAAAACUCUAAAGAAGCGAGAAUCACUGUCAGUCUGAGGCUUCUAAGCACACAUUUUAGCUUUGCACCAAGUGGCUAGCUGGAUGAAGCCAACCACUUGCCAUACUAAUUCCAUUUUUAAAUGUUACUUUCUGCAUGAAACAAAUACCAUACUAGCCUUAAAUCACAGGUAUGUGCCUUUUCAUGAGAGACUUCUUUCAACCAGUGUAUAUAAUCCACAAGAGAGCCUUUUUUUGUCUCUGUUCCCAACAAGGGAAAAAAUACUACAUAAUGCUAUAUUUCUUUCUACACUUUAGACUAAGAUAAAACUUCAGUUAAGAUUGAUGGAUUGAUGUGAUGUUUAUUUGAGAGAAAAAUAGGGCCAGUAUGAUUAACUGUGGAGCAUAUUUCAGCAGCAGGGAUAAUGUGGCUGAUAUUUGUAUGUUUCAUUUCUCCAUCAGUAGUGUAAUCCUUAUUUAAAUGUAACUAUAUAUGUUAAUUUUAUCAUAGGCAUUUUAAAUUCAGUAUAUGUGAGUCCUCAUUUGCACAUGUUCCAUUGCUUUGUAUUCUGUUAAGUAAAAUGAAGUACUUAAGGACUAUUACUUACAACUAUGUGGAUGGUAUGAUUUAUGUACUAUAUGUUCAAGUGUCUUUCAGCUGAUGUUUCUUAAAAGUUUGUUUUCAGUGCUUAACACAAUAAUGUAACUAUAAAUCAAACAUAUUUACGUCAUUCCUCAUUAGAUUCAUAGUCUGACAGAGCCUUCUUUAUUUGUGUGUUCUGUCAGAAUUUCUCUUGUAAUCAUUCCUUUUACAUUUCCCUAGAAUGUACCUCCAUUGUGAAUUUUUUAUUCAUAUUAAAGGUGUUUGCUGCAA